UGAGGAUGCUUUGUAAUAUUCCCUUCUCAAUUUAAAGAUUCCUUUUUAUUUUCGGUCUUGCAUUUUGCUUUUGUUCACUAUAAAUACCUUUCUCUCUCCGUUUCAGUUCCAAGCCAAGCAACAAUUUACUACCUUCUAUUUCUUCUCAAUCACUUUUUUUUCUUCUGGGUCGUUGUAAUAUCUUUCAUUCCCUUUCUCGUCUCUCAGAAAAGAAUGUCUAAUAUUGUUGUUGUUUUUGAUUUUGACAAAACCAUCAUUGAUUGUGAUAGUGAUAAUUGGGUUGUCGAUGAAUUGGGUUUCACCGAUUUGUUCAAUCACCUUCUUCCCACAAUGCCUUGGAACUCCCUUAUGGAUAGGAUGAUGAUGGAGCUUCAUUCACAUGGUAUAACCAUUCAAGAGAUUGAAAAUGUUCUUCAUAGAAUUCCUAUUCAUCACAGAAUCAUACCUGCAAUUAAAUCAGCACAUGCUUUAGGGUGUGAUUUGAGGAUUGUGAGCGAUGCAAAUAUGUUUUACAUUGAAACUAUUUUGAAGCAUUUGGGAAUAAGUGAAUGCUUCACAGAGAUUAACACUAAUCCAGGUUAUGUUAAUCAAAAAGGAAGAUUAACAAUUCUGCCUUAUCAUGAUUUCAACAAAAAUUCACAUGACUGUAAUCUCUGCCCUCCAAAUAUGUGCAAGGGUUUAAUCAUUGAUAGAAUUCAAAACACAGUUAGUGAAUUGGAUAACAAGAGGUUCAUCUACCUUGGUGAUGGUGCUGGUGAUUACUGUCCAAGCUUGAGGCUUAGAGAAAGAGACUUUGUGAUGCCAAGGAAGAAUUAUCCAGUUUGGGAUUUGAUAUGCAAAGAUCCUUCACUUGUUAAGGCUGAAAUCCAUGGUUGGUGUGAUGGAGAAGAGCUUGAACUAGUUUUGAUGAAGUUGAUCAACAAAAUAACGAUUGAAGAAAAUGCUAAAUUCAUUUCUAGUGAUUGCAAGCUACAGACUCUAUCAACUCCUGUUUUUGAAACCUUGCCUAAACCUCUCUCAGUUAGACAGUAGAUUUUUAGUUUACAGUCUUACCAAUGAAUGUAUCAUAAAGUAAUGGAGAAUAUUACACCUCUUAUCAACAUAGUCAUCUACAGGUAUAUGACAAGUGUAGAGAAUAUUACGGACAAUUGUAAGCAUUCAAGGAUCACACACCUCUUGUUUCUUAGGAAGGAAUGGUUUAGAAUAUUAAUAAAACGAUUUUCAUAAAUAAUAAUCAAGAAAAAUUAUUCUCUCUGCAA